AUGGCCGAAUCAAGCUCCCACCAACAACAACCCGUUGCGUCGCCCUCCCCUCCCCCGCCAGCACCAAUUUCUCAAACCCCCGGCCUGCGCGCAUCACGUUUAACCCAAGUCUUCGACCAGGCGUUGGCCCGUACGCUGCGUGCAAACUCAUACGCAAACUUUGCGGGCUGUUUCCCCACGCCUGCGCGCCAUGUCCCGGCUAGUUUGGAGGGAGUCUGGCGACAGCUGAACGCAAAGCUGGAAGCGAAUGCCAAGGCGGAAUUUGAGGAGAUUAUCGCGGAAAGAGAUGCAAUUCCGCACUUGAACGAGCUAGAUCGGCUAGUUGGGGAUGCAAGGGUUAGGAAAGAACAGGGCGGCGAGAACCACGACAUACAGGAACGAGCAGUCCCGCAUACACUGGGCGCUGAAGAUCUGUACAAAGCGCAUCUUACGCCGUUCCUCCAGGAAGCGCAGUCGACCCUGAAUACCAGACUUGAGGCUACGAAUACAGAAAAUACGGAGCUGGCGCAGACUGUGCAGGCACAGAGACUGGAGAUCGAGCAGCUUUUAUCGCGCCUGGGAUUGGUUGUUUCGGAUAUUGAGGGUGCUGCCGCGGCGGCUACGCAGUUCAGCAAAGAGCAUCACAUUCGUCAGGACGCCGUUCAAAUGGACGAGGAAGUGCGUGCCCGUCCGGGUCUGUGA